AGAGAGAGAGAGAGAGAGACUCUGCCACUGCGGGGCAUAGCAUCUGAGCCUGAUGCCAGGGGAACAGCGGUUGCGCGCCCACUGACCUCUCGCACUCACACGCGCGCCUUUUCAUGGCCUCUGCUGCAACGGCGCUGCCGCCUCUGCCUCUUUUCAUCUUUUCCCCUUUGGCACCUUUCGCCUUUGCUGCUUCGACACAUCCUCCCCCAUCCCCGGCGGCCGCAUCGACAUCACCAGUUCCUUCACCGGUGCCUCCUUUCUCCCUCUUUGCUUGUUCGCCUGCGUACGUGCUUUACUGUGUCGCAGUCGCAGCUCCGUCGUCGCCGUCCUCGCCGAGCUCUGACCACCCCCGCUACCGCCGCUGACACCCGCUGACAUUUGUCUCCCCAGCCCGGAGAGGAUCGUUGCUGGGUAUCGGUGUUUAUCUACGGCAUUAACAUUGCUCCGGGUCUUGCAGUGGUUCCUCUUGGUUUAGUGCGCUUGUCUACUGCAGCUAUUCUGCUCUCAGGGGGGGUCUCUUCGCUCUGUCCAGAUUGGUCUCAAGGUUCAGAUCUAGGAGAGCUCGGGGCCGCUUCUUGAUCACUUCUGCUGACAAAGGUUCCAACUGCUGCUUUCUCUGACAAAUUCUUGAGCCCAGUCGGUUAGAAAUCAGGAGAUGGCCGAGGUGAAGCCGGAGGACAUGGUCCAUCAUAUGCCCAUGGACCAGCUCCAGGGGUUCGAGUACUGCAUCGACUCCAAUCCUUCCUGGGGAGAAGGGAUUGCUUUGGGGUUCCAGCACUACAUACUGUCCCUGGGCACUGCUGUCAUGAUCCCCACAAUGCUGGUUCAGCUCAUGGGUGGUAAUGAUCAUGAUAAGGCCAAGGUGGUACAAACUCUGCUGUUUGUGACUGGAAUCAAGACGCUGCUCCAGACGCUAUUUGGCACUCGCCUUCCUACAAUCAUGGGAGGUUCAUAUGCAUAUGUGGUUCCAAUCCUCUCCAUAAUCCGCGACCCCUCGCUCGCGCAAAUAGCUGACGGCCAUACUAGAUUUCUGCAGACAAUGAGGGCCAUACAAGGUUCACUGAUUGUAUCCUCAAGCAUUCAGAUAAUUCUUGGAUAUAGCCAGUUGUGGGCAAUAUGUUCUAGAUUCUUUAGCCCACUUGGGAUGGUUCCCGUCAUUGCAUUGGUGGGGCUUGGCCUUUUCGAGAGAGGAUUCCCAGUGGUUGGGAAAUGCGUGGAGAUAGGUCUUCCAAUGCUUAUCCUAUUUGUUGCGCUUUCCCAGUAUCUAAAGCACGUGCAUGUUCCUGUUUUGGAGAGGUUCUCAAUGUUAAUAUGCAUCGCUCUUGUCUGGGUAUAUGCACACAUCCUCACAGCAAGUGGUGCAUACAAGCACACGGCACUUGUCACCCAGAUCAACUGCCGAACAGACCUUGCCAACCUCAUCUCUUCAUCACAAUGGAUAAGCAUUCCAUAUCCAUUACAAUGGGGCGCACCAACAUUCAGUGCAGACUAUGCUUUCGGUAUGAUGGCUGCGGUGCUAGUCUCUUUAAUCGAGACAACAGGAGCAUUCAAAGCUGCUGCCCGGUUGGCUAGUGCAACACCCCCACCAGCAUAUGUCCUGAGCAGAGGCAUUGGGUGGCAGGGCAUUGGCACCCUAUUAGAUGGCCUAUUUGGCACUGGGACUGGUUCUACUGUUUCUGUUGAGAAUGUUGGUCUCCUUGGAUCAACAAGGGUUGGUAGCAGAAGAGUGAUUCAAAUUUCUGCUGGUUUCAUGAUCUUCUUCUCCAUGCUAGGUAAAUUUGGAGCACUUUUCGCCUCCAUUCCCUUCACAAUAUUUGCCGCCAUUUACUGUGUUAUGUUUGGAAUUGUCGCUGCUGUGGGGCUCUCCUUUAUGCAGUUCACCAACAUGAACUCAAUGCGCAACCUAUUCAUUAUUGGUGUUUCACUAUUCCUUGGUUUAUCUAUACCAGAGUACUUUUCUCGGUAUUCCACGAGUUCUCGACAAGGCCCAGCGCACACGAAGGCUGGAUGGUUCAAUGACUACAUUAACACCGUCUUCUCAUCCCCGCCAACUGUGGCCCUCUUCGUGUCAGUACUCCUUGACAACACACUCGACGUCCGAGAUGCAGCAAGGGACCGAGGAAUGCCAUGGUGGGCACGCUUCAGGACGUUCAGAGGCGACAGUAGGAACGAAGAGUUCUAUACCCUGCCGUUCAACCUCAACAGAUUCUUCCCCCCAUCAUGAGGCAAAGGCAAACCACUGAAGUCAAAAGAUGCUGCAAGCCAAAUUCUCAACAAGCGCCUAGCAGUCAGAUGUGCUUCCCAUAGAGUAUAACAACAACUGCAAGAGAAAGUUUUUUGCCAAAAAAGAGAAAGUUGGACAAAAGCAGAAUUAACUCCCCGCUCGACGUCGAUUGUACAUAAAUGGUUUCGUUUCUAGUACCGAUCAAUGAUCAAGGAACAAGAAUGUCGAAUAUUUGAUAUAGUGUGAUUUUAGACAUGUGUACUGUCGUCCCUUGUUAGAAUUACAAAGGAAGUAUAUGUUCUAUGCUACAGAUGUACUGUCUAUGGCGGUGCUUUUUUU